CAUGUGCAAUGCUCACGACAGAAUCAAAUCUUGGGCUAAUUUAGAAAACUUUGAUUCUUCUUUUUUACUUCUAUCAUAUUCUGCAAGAGGAAGUUAAGCCGUCAAAUUCAUGUCCAAGAUUUUUAGGUCGUUUGAUAUAUUAAUAAUUGCUGUUAUAAAGUAAAUAAAUGAGUGUUUUUUUUUAACGCUAAGAGAAGCAAAUUAACAUAUUGUCUAUUGCGAGAUGUUAGUGCUAUUAAGCCACUCAAGGAUUUAGUGUAUAUUAUGUGAUAUAAUUUUUGUUUAAAUGCACGAAAUGUUUCGAAGCAGAAGUUGGUUUGGUGGUGGAUGGGGUCGUCCGAAAAACCCCCAUUCCUUGGAGCAUUUAAAAUAUUUAUAUAAUGUUCUUUCAAGAAAUCAAACUGUAUCUGAACAUAACAGAGGAUUGUUAGUGGAAACUUUACGAUCUAUUGCUGAGAUUUUAAUUUGGGGUGACCAAAAUGAUUCUUCUGUAUUUGAUUUCUUCCUUGAAAAAAAUAUGUUAUCAUUUUUCUUACGAAUUAUGAGGCAAAGAAGCGGAGGCUCGAACUAUGUAUGUGUUCAGUUGCUACAGACUUUAAAUAUUUUGUUUGAAAAUAUACGUAAUGAAACUUCAUUGUAUUACCUUCUCUCAAACAAUCAUGUGAAUUCAAUAAUCGUACACAAAUUUGACUUCUCUGACGAAGAAGUUAUGGCCUAUUACAUCUCAUUUUUAAAAACACUUAGUUUAAAACUCAAUGCCCAUACAAUUCAUUUUUUUUAUAAUGAACACACAAAUGACUUUCCAUUGUAUACUGAAGCAAUAAAAUUCUUUAAUCAUCCAGAAUCGAUGGUUAGAAUAGCUGUAAGAACCUUAACACUGAAUGUCUACAAAGUAGAUGAUGCAAGCAUGUUAGCCUUUAUAAGAGAUCGAACUGCUGCUCCUUAUUUUUCUAAUAUAGUUUGGUUUAUUGGGAAACAUAUCCAGGAACUAGACACUUGUGUGAGAAAUGAUGCUGAUCACCAGUCUCAAAACCGGCUUGCUGAUUUGGUUGCAGAACACCUUGAUCAUCUACAUUAUCUAAAUGAUAUACUUUGUCUUAACAUAACUGAUUUAAAUCACGUUUUAACAGAUCAUUUGCUUCACAAGUUGCUAUUGCCACUGUAUAUUUAUUCCUUGCUCUCAUAUAGAAGGCCAACAUAUUCAGAAAGCGGGGAUCAAAGUGUAAUAAAAAUUUUACAGAAAGGAUCAUUAAUAAAUGACUCACCCAAAAUGAAUGAUCCUGCUAAUGGAAAAGUGUCUUGUGUGGUAUCAUUGUUUCUACUGUCUCAAGUUUUUCUGAUCAUAUCCCAUGCACCUUUGGUGCAGACACUGGCCUGGAUUAUUUUAAAAACGGACAAAAAUAUAUUUGAAAAAGGAGUUGCCAAAUUACUGGAACAUUAUGAAAAUGAAAAGAAAGCUCUAGACGAAAGUUUAAAUGAUUCUGUGAUUGCUGUAAGUUCUAGAGAAAGCUCCAGUUCUAGCGAAAAUCUGAUAGAAGAUCAAAAGAACAUUACAGAUGAAGAAAAGCAAAGAUUAGCAAGUACCUCGCUAAACGACACUGGGGUAAUGGAAAAGCCUUUCUUGGAAACAAUUUAUAACUCACUAGAUUGUUUGGAAAACGAUUAUACAGCAUUAUUUGCAUUAUGUUUAUUGUACGCUAUGGCAAACAAUAAGGGAGUAACAUCUGAUAUUAUAGAAUAUAUUUUGAGGCCAAAAAAGUUAUUUAUUUCAAAAUCUAUAUCUAAAGAAGUAAGAUAUUGCUACAAUACAUUCCUUGUUGAGAAACUGCUGUAUAUAAUAAGUUUAUCUUGUCAACCGACAUGCAGGGUAAGGUUGGUGACCCUAGAACUUGCUUUAAAGGUGCUUAUGCAAAUUGUGCUGUAUGAUGGCAAAAAUAUUUUAAUUGACCAACACAAGUUGUCAAUAGAGACUGCUAAGUCCCAAAGUAUGGCACUGCUAAGAAAUUUUUAUAAAAGUGAAGAAAUAUUUUUAGAUAUGUUUGAACAUGAAUACUGUGAUAUGUCGCGCGGGUUGUUAAAUGUAGAAUGGUUAUGUAUGGACAGCGCCAUUCUUUUACCUCCUACUGGAACUCCAAUGACUGGUAUUGAUUUUAUCAAAAGGCUACCCUGUGGAGAGAGUGAGAAAGCUAGAAGAGCAAUCCGCCUGUUUUUUCUGAUGCGCAGUACAGUGUUGGUACUAAACAGCGAACCAGAAACACAACUGCCAUUAACGAAUCCUCAAAGCUGUGUGCAGAUCGAUCAAGCCCUGGACCUGAGUAUAUCUCGUUACAACUCAGAUUUAAUUGCGUGCACUGUCCUGUAUAAAGAUGGGACAAAAUUGAGGCGGUUUUUAGUUAUUGACGUAAUGCAGCUUAUUUUGGUAGAACCCGACAACAAAAGGUUAGGUUGGGGUGUGGCGAAAUUGGUUGGAUUUCUUCAAGACAUUGAAGUAACCGGCGACAAAGACGAUUCUCGAUGUUUACACAUUACCAUUCAUAGGCCAAUCUCAGGUGCGACCACUAAUAGGAUACCGUUGCUCAGUGCAAAGUUUCUUUUUGACGAUAACAUCAGGUGUAUGGCCGCCAAACAGAGAUUAACCAAGGGUCGAAUAAAAGCCAGGCAGAAGAAGAUGCAGCACAUCGCCCGCUUGUUGGAAAUUCCGGGUCAGUCUGGCCCUCCCAGUCCAGCUUAUACAGGUCAAGGUUUAUAUGCUUCCCGAAUAACGGGAAGGGGUAUCCGCGAGAAUAGACCUUUAUUUGGUGUCAAUAGAGUACCCGGUUUCGCAGCACCUAAAAGAGAAAACUCACCUGGUGUAAUACAUAAAGCUGAUGAGACCAGAAGACACAGAGAAGGUGAAAGCCCCAAUCGAUUAUCGGCUUUGAAAAAGCAAAACGCGCAAUCGACAAGCAACAUAAAAAGAGAAACCAAAUCUCGCGACAGUUCAGCAAAUCGUGUCAAAUCUCGAGAGGGUUCGCCUCGUAUGCCCAGACCAAGAUCCGAAGAAAUACCUUUGGAGUUGAUGAAGAAAGGGCGGGGGUUGAUUAUAGAUAUGGCACCGAAAGUAAGUAUCCUGCCACGGCCCCAGAACAGGUCCGAAAGUGAACCUUCAACCUCAUCGAAUGCAAAUGUUGCGGGCUCAAGUAAUGAAAUCGUAUCUAAAACUGAAUCGAUAACUUCUGAUGCUUCUGUGAUAUCCGAAGAGACGUCGUUUAUAGGAGCCGUGAAGCGGGACGAAAAGAUAGCAAAUAUUGAGACAGCGUAACUGUUGUUUUUUGCAAAUUAUAGUAAAAUUAUUUUUUUUAUUCAGCUAGCAGCUUUGGCACUUUGUUGAAUAAUUUUGUAAGUAAACCGGAGAAUCGUACUCAGUUAUAAAUAAAU